AUAAACACAUUAACCUGCCUUAAAAGUUCAACCUCUCUCUCUCUCUCUCUCUCUUCACUGUACAUUGAUUAUCUCUUCAUUCUUCAUUUCCCCCUUUCUCCCACCUCACAUUUGGGCCCCAACUCUACACCUUUUGUUUGAACUCAAAAGCAACACCAACACUCUUUACAAUAACCUCUUUAACACACACACACACACACACACAGUUAACAACAGCACUUCAAAUUUUUCACAUUAGGUUUUCAAUUUUCAUGAAUUUCUCUCCGGCAGCGGCGGUGUAGCGGCGGUGUUCAGUUUCAAGUUGUACUGAUGGCGUCGUAUCGCAACGGCAGAGGUCCGACGAAAGUAGAUCGAGUUCAACCGGCUUCUUCCGCGAAUCUCAGAGCGUCUUCUUCGUUUAAAUCGAAGAGUUCUAAUGUUCGCCGUAGUGGCUCCGGUGUCGGAGUUAGAGAUUCCGAUGAUUCCGUUUCUGGUCGUGUUCGAGUUGCUGUCAGAUUGAGACCUCAAAAUGCUGAGGAGAUGGUGGCAGAUGCUGAUUUUGCCGAUUGUGUGGAAUUGCAACCAGAGUUUAAACGGUUGAAACUUCGAAAGAACAAUUGGGAUUCAGAUACUUACGAAUUCGAUGAAGUGCUAACUGAAUCUGCAUCACAGAAGCGUGUUUAUGAAGUUGUUGCAAAACCUGUGGUGGAGAGUGUUCUAGAUGGUUACAAUGGGACAGUGAUGGCUUAUGGUCAAACGGGCACGGGGAAGACUUUUACUCUAGGACGAUUGGGUGAUGAAGACACAUCUGCACGUGGAAUCAUGGUCCGUGCAAUGGAGGAUAUUCUCUCUAAUAUAUCUCGGGAUUCUGAUUCUGUCAUGAUCUCGUACUUGCAGCUUUACAUGGAGACAAUCCAAGAUCUCUUAAAUCCAAUAAACGAUAACAUUUCAAUCGUUGAAGAUCCAAAAACUGGUGAUGUGUCUGUACCUGCUGCAACGCUGGUAGAUAUACGAACCCACCAUGAUUUUAUGGAGUUAUUGCGGUUGGGAGAAGCUCAUAGAGUUGCUGCUAACACAAAACUGAAUACCGAGUCUUCUCGUAGUCAUGCUAUUUUAAUGGUGCACGUUAAAAGGUCUGUCACGGAUAUGGAAUCUGAGAUCCCAAGUGAUAAUUACCAUUCUCUUCACAUGAGUAAAAGCUCUAAGCCACCUAUUAUUCGAAAAGGCAAAUUAGUUGUUGUAGAUCUUGCUGGCUCUGAACGUGUUCACAAGUCAGGAAGUGAGGGACACACAUUAGAGGAAGCGAAAUCUAUAAAUCUUUCAUUAAGUGCAUUAGGAAAGUGCAUAAAUGCUCUUGCAGAGAAUAGCCCUCAUGUACCUGUUAGAGAUUCUAAGUUGACGAGGCUGCUUAAAGAUUCGUUUGGAGGUACUGCAAGAACAUCAUUAAUUGUAACUGUUGGACCAUCUCCACGACAUCGUGCAGAAACCUCAAGUACUAUAUUGUUCGGACAAAGGGCUAUGAAGGUGGAGAACAUGUUGAAAAUCAAGGAGGAAUUCGAUUACAAAAGUAUGUGUAAAAGGCUUGAGACACAGAUCGACAAACUGAUUGCAGAAAAUGAAAGACAGCAGAAAGCAUUUGAGGAUGAAAUUGAAAGGACAGCAAUAGAAGCACAACAGCGUAUAUCUGAGGCUGAAAUUAAUUAUACAGAAGCUUUAGAGAGGGAGAAAAUGAAAUGUCAGAUGGACUACAUGGAAUCAAUCAAAAAGCUCGAAGAAAAGUGGAUGAACAACCAUUCAAAACACGGAACCAAUGGCUUCAUUAAUGGCAAUCAUGGUGGCAAGGGUAAUGAUCAUGCCAAUGAAGACGUUAGAGAAUUAAAAAUAAAGCUUCAGAAGGAAAUGGCUUUGCGGAAACAGGCUGAAGAAGAGAUACAACAUCUUAAGAAUUCACAACUUCACCCUACAGAGGCAGGAGUUAAUGCUGAUGUUAUAAAGCUCCAAAGUUUACUAGAUGAAGAGACUCGUCAGAAACAGAAACUUGAGGAAGAAGUUUUGCUAUUGCAAAGCAGAUUGUCACAGCUGGCUUUCGGUUCUGGUCAGCCUAGAAACUCACAACUUGAUAAUCAAAGCAAUGGAGAGAGAACAUCAAUAGCCAAUCUUCACGAACAUGUUGGAUUGCAAAAGAUCUUGUCCUUGCUAGAGUCAGAAGAUCCAAAUGUACGUUUGCAUGCAGUUAAGGUGGUGGCCAACUUAGCAGCUGAAGAUACUAAUCAGGAAAGAAUAGUUGAAGCUGGUGGUCUCACAUCAUUGCUGGCGCUUCUUAGAAGCAGAAGCUUUGAUGAAACAAUAUGCAGAAUAGCAGCUGGUGCUAUUGCAAAUCUUGCAAUGAACGAAGCUAAUCAGGAACUUAUAAUGGCUCAAGAUGGGAUUAGUCUCUUGGCGAUGACUGCAGCUGAUGCUGAAGAUCCACAGACUCUACGAAUGGUAGCUGGAGCUAUUGCCAACCUAUGUGGAAAUGAUAAACUACAAACUCGGUUGCGAUCCGAAGGUGGAAUCAAAGCGUUGCUAGGGAUGGUUAGGUCAAGACAUCCAGAUGUUCUUUCUCAAGUUGCACGUGGAGUUGCAAAUUUUGCAAAAUGCGAGUCCCGAACUUCUAGCAAAGGUAACAAAAAUAACCGAUCUUUAUUGAUUGAAGACGGGGCACUUCCAUGGAUUGUGCAAAAUGCCAACAACGAAGCAUCAAUAAUUAGACGCCACAUUGAGCUCGCUCUUUGUCAUUUAGCACAACACGAGGUAAAUGCAAAAGACAUGGUGAGCGGAGGUGCCCUUUGGGAGCUAGUUCGUAUCUCACGUGACUGUUCCCGAGAAGACAUACGUGCUCUUGCUCGACGUACUUUGACUUCUAGUCAAACCUUUUCAUCUGAACUACGACGCUUAAGAGUAGAGAUCUAAAUUUAUGUAGCCUUAUUGAAACAACCAGAUCAUAUUUUUGUAACAUUCGUGUGGGCAUUCCGUCUUGUUGUGGGUUGCUUCAUGUUUGGUGUUUAUAGGAUAAUAAAUUAAACAUCUGUUUUGUAAACAUGCAUUGUUCGUUUGUGAUUAGCUAGUUGGUAAUUUAUUUGUUACAAAA